AUGGCGGCCUACGGCAUCAACAAACAGGACGACCAGCAGCCACCCCCGCUCCCCCUGCCACCCCCCUCAGCAUGCUCAACCAGCUUCCAGCACCAGCAGCUCGUCCAGCAGCAGCAGCACCUCCACCGCCACCACCGCAACAACCCCUCCCUCGACGCAUCCUCCUCCACCAGCUCACUCUCACACAUCCUCCCCCUCCCAGCCUCACCCAUCACCCCCGCCGAAAACAACCGCCCAUCCAGCUCCUCCCUCAGGCCGUUCCCCUUCCUCGCCGGCAUCCGCCGCAAGAGCGCCAACGCAACCAACCUCAAGUCGCCCCACCCACUCACUGCCCACACCACCGACCACCCCCCGCUCCCAAGCCCCAACCAACACUCCCCCGCCGCCUCAUCCCCCAUCCUCAACAUCAACAUCAAAAAAGACACCCUCAACCCAACGAUAACAGCCACCGACCACUCCUCGCGAGUCUAUGCACACGGCUCGGCGAAAAAGGCCCAGUCGGCCGACGACCUCUCCCAGUUCGGCCUGCUCCCCAAACAGCGCAUCCAGCCCCGCCGCUCCGAGGAGCUCAUCGACCAGCACAGACCCUCAUCCCCAGACCACCCCGACCGCUUCCGCCGCUCAGACACCCUCCACACCGGGCUCGACCAGAUCGGCGAGAUUGCCGGAUCGCUCGCCGCCAUCAACGGCCCCUCCACCACCGACGACCGCCUGCCCCCGCGCCUCUCGAACCCCAAGGGAAUGCGCACCGUCUACGGCGUGCCGCUCGAAGACCUCUACUGGCGAGACGGCGACUCGUUCCCGCUGCUCGUCGACGUCCUCCAAGGCAUCUACAGGGUCCCGGGCGAGAAACGGGUGAUCGAGAACCUGCAGGCCUCCAUUGACGAGCGAGGUGUUCGGGGCGUAGAUAUCUGGAGAGACUCGUACAAGGACGUGCAUAAUCUGUCGGGCGCUCUGAAGCUCUUCCUGCGCGAGAUCCCUGGAGGAGUGAUUCCCUUCGACCGCUACGACCGCUUCUUGGCCGUCAACGCCGUCGCCGACGAUACCGAGCGCACUUCUCUCCUCCAUUCUCACGUCCAUGAACUGCCUCUGCCCAACAAAAUCCUGUUGUUCAAGCUCGUCAAACAUUUCGAACGGGUGGUCGAGCGUGCCGAAGCAAACAGCAUGCUAGCACAUAAUGUGGCGAUUGUGUUUGCUCCGAGUCUGUUUCGGAACGGCUCAGAACACUCGAACCCGUUACUGUCGAUGCAAAACAUAGGGAAAGCGUCUGCGAUAGUCCGGCACUUUGUCCUGAACGCGGCGCGGAUCUUCGAGGAGCCUGUUCUGGAGAGCAGCAAGCACCACAGCGCGGCGGCCCACAAGCGCCGGUCGAUCAACAUGAACCUCAGCACCGCCACGCUCGGCUCGUCCGCCCAUCUGCUCCACCACUCGAGCAAGGCCGAGGACGCGGGGGCGGCCGCCAAAGGCUCCAGCGCCGUCGCCGCCGGCAAGAAGAAGCCCCCCGCCACCGCGAACCCCGCCGCCGCCUCCUCGGCCAAUAACAGUGCCAGCAAUCUUAAUCACCUCAGUAAACGUAGCACCACGCGCUCCAACUCGGGCCUCUGUGGCCCCGCUAACACCCACAGAGCCGCCAACCUGCCCGGCGCGCCCGACCAGCAGGCCCCCGAGGCCGCUCGCGCCGCGCUCGUCGUCUCCGCCGCCCACUCUAAUCACUCAGGCCUCGGCUCCCCGACUACCCCCCAUCCCUCCUCCACCGCUUCUUCCCCCUUCCACGCUCUCACCGUCAAGAAGAAGAAAUAA